CUCGAUUACGAUAUAAGCGUUACCUGAUAGUCGACAUGGGAUAUCUGGGUUACGUAGAGAUUGAAGUUGUUUGCGCUGCCUCACCGUGGUGCCCAGCAUGCAGGAAAUAUUUCCACUCGGAGGGCGAUCCCGAGUACACGGCGAAAAACAAGAAAUCAUACCUUAGUGCAACCAAGUCUAACACUCGCAAACAAGAGCCGAAAGGUAGAAAGCAGGGAGGAGGCGACGGGACAAGAGCGGGGACAGGGGGCGGAGGAGAGGGAAGUGCGAGAGGAAAAACAGGCGGCAGCAAGGAGAGAGAGAUUGGGAAAGACGGAGGAUCGAAAAAUGGAACAGGGACGGAGGGUAAGGUGGGAGGAGAUGGGAGCGCCGCUCAUGACGAAGGGAAGGAGGGAAGACCUGAGAAGGAGAAAAACGAAACGCGAGGGGAGAAGACAAAGAAAGAGAAAAAGGGGUCGGAGGUUAAGGACGAUGCAAGCGGAAACAGGAAGGGAAACAGGACAAACAGAGAGGACAAGGGAAAGGGCCAAAAUGCGGAAAAGGACAAGAUGGAAAAAGAAAAUGGUCCAAUGGUGGGCAAGGGAGGAGGGAAUCCCGAGGAUGAUGGAUGAUUAAGAAAGAAGGAGGAGAAGAAGUGGGAAGAAUGAAAGGGAGACCAGAGU